CACUCUUGGCCUCUGUCUUUCUGCCUCUCUCCUCACUGCCAGUACCCAUCAGAUCCCUCAAGCUGAUCACUCUGCCUUUUAGGUGAAGAUGUCGGCCCAGGAGAGCUGCCUCAGCCUCAUCAAGUACUUCCUCUUCGUUUUCAACCUCUUCUUUUUUGUCCUGGGAAGCCUUAUUUUCUGCUUUGGCAUCUGGAUACUCAUUGACAAGACCAGCUUUGUGUCCUUUGUGGGCUUGUCCUUCAUGCCUCUGCAGAACUGGUCCAAAAUCCUGGCCAUCUCAGGAAUCCUUACCAUGGGGCUUGCCCUCCUGGGCUGUGUGGGAGCCCUCAAGGAGCUCCGCUGCCUUCUGGGUCUGUAUUUUGGGAUGCUGCUCCUCUUGUUUACCACACAGAUCACCCUGGGAAUCCUCAUCUCCACUCAGCGAGCCCGGCUGGAGCGAAGCGUGCAGGACAUCGUGAAGAAGACCAUCCAAAACUACCACGCCAACCCGGAGGAGACAGCGGCUGAGGAGAGCUGGGACUACGUGCAGUUCCAGCUGCGCUGCUGCGGCUGGCACUCUCCACAGGACUGGUUCCAGGUGCUCAUACUGAGAGGCAACGAGUCAGAGGUGCACCGCGUGCCUUGCUCCUGUUUUAACUCGUCAGCGACCAACGAAUCCGCAAUCCACCAGUUCAGCCGGCAAGGACCUACAGGGCGGGCCAGACACAGUACAGACCUUUGCACUGUCUCAGCAAAAGGCUCCAUCUAUCGCGAGGGCUGCGCGCAGAACCUCCAGAAGUGGCUGCACAACAACCUCAUUUCCAUUGUGGGCAUUUGUCUGGGCAUCGGCCUACUCGAGGUGAGUGUAAUGGUGCUGGGCCUGCUGCUACAGCGCAGGGCACUCCGCCAGGAACCCAAGCCGUCAGUGCCAGGCGCCAACAGUUCCAGCCUCCUGGGACACAGUCUGAUCGCUGACGGCGGCAGUGGGCGCUGUGGUGUGCUCAACAGCAGUGGGCGUAGCGGCAGUCUAUGGGGUGGCUGGGGCAUGGCGGAUGCCUGCCCCAACUGGGGGGACAAGGCCCCCCAAGGCAAGCUACCCAUGGCCCUGGGGCCCUGGCCACUGUGGGAUCAAGAUGAGGAGCAGCCAGAGACCGGGAGUGUGGGCGCAGAGGCUGAGGCUGAGGCAGAAUUAGAAGCCGAGAAGGGAGAGACAGAUGAGCCUCCAGAAUAAAGGAUCUUGGACUUGCUUCCGACCUUACUCCUCUCAGGCGCUAACCCGACCCUGCCUUCCCACCUACUGAAGUUCUCCCUCUAGCCUCGCUCGUUUCUACCUACUCCUUUCUCUAGCCCUUCCAGUCCACCACUGACUUUCCUCCCUGGUGGUGAUGGGGGGUGGGGGGCAUCAUACCCACUGUUGCCAGCGCCCACUAAACCUUUCUCACUGCGUCUCCUUUCUCUAUAGCUCGGCUUCAUGACGCUCUCGAUAUUCCUGUGCAGAAACCUGGACCAUGUCUACAAACAGCUGGCUCGAUACCGCUAGGCCCCAUCCUUCAUGAGCCCUACCCUGACCCCUUCAAGAGCACUUCCCCAUCGCCUGUAAAUAUUUGUUUAAUGCUCAGUUCACCCCCUCCAUUGAGCCCUCCACCUCCUCAUUCCCCUGGGGACCCAGGUGUCCGCCUGCCCCUCUCUGCCUCUCCUGAGGGACCUGGGGCUUCCGUCCACCAGCUUCCUGCCCCCAGAGAUACUUGGUUUCCUUGACUCAUCUGUCGGCCUACCACCUCCCACAAGAUUAUUUUUCACCCAAACCUCAAAUAAAUAUCUUGCAUUUUGGUAAAA